UGUCGCCGGCGCCGUCGUCUCAGUCACUCAUGGCGGUUAUUCUUAGCAACGGACCUCCUUCCAUCCUCGCUCUCCCGCGGCCGCCGCGCCGAUCCAUAUACCACCGGCGACUGCAUUUCUGUCGCCCAAUUCACCGCUCCAGAAUUCUCUCCGGCGACACCAAAAUCCUAUUCAAAUCAUCGCGUUCUCGGAUCAGGAGCUCUAAUCGUGAUGGCGCAGAAAGCUCCGAAGCUGAUCCAAUUAGGGUUUCUGAAAGCUUAGAUAGCAAAAUUGAUGGUAGUGGAAGCUCGUUUCUCUCAAAAUUAGGGAUACUUUUGGGGAUAGCUGCUGUGAUUACACUGAUUUUAGUCGGUGUGAAGCCUCCAAAUUUGGGAACAUCAACUGGGAUUCAGUUUCUACAAGAUGGAGCCUCUCCCCCUUUGGUCUCGCCUUCUGCUGCUUUCAUUUUCCGAGCUUUUGGAUAUACAGUAUUGCUACCGGAAUAUGCUCCAGGAUGGAUCUACUUUUGGCUACUCAUGGCUGCAGGGUUCGGGCUGUUUAUAAGCGAAGAGGCUUUGAAUAUAUGGGUUGGGGUAACUUUGGCAAGAUUACUUUGUUUGGAUGGGACAUGGCAUUCUCUUGUGGAUUCAUUUUCUAGAAAUGCUCCAUACAUUUUAACCACGGUUUUGUGGGUGUAUUGGGGAGUUUGCAUCAGUGAUAUGAUACCAUUUUACCUCGGGAAAAUGUUCAGGCAAUCCAAGGCAUCUGAUGAUGUUCUUUCGAAGAUAGGGGUUGGUGAAGAGAAAGCCAAGGAAAUUUCGGGCACUGUACAACGUUAUGGAAAUCUUAUUGGAUUCGUGGAACGAUUCUCUCUUGGAGUAAGAAACCCCACAGCUUUUCUUGCUGGGGCAAUGGGUAUAACACCAGAGUGUUUCUUUGCCGGUGUCUGCUGUGGUGGACUCAUAACUCUUCCAAUACAGUUGGCAAUUGGAUUCUUGCUACGAGAACGUCCAGUCUUUGCACUUGCAACCAUUGCCACUGUAGUUGGAAUCUGGACUGUGUUUCCAUAUGCUUUGGCUGCUCUGACAGGAUUAUUCCUCUAUCUGCGAAGCCGCUACUCAAGUUAGCUAUGCUCGUCUUUCUCUUAGCGUACAUAUCUUGGGGUGGAGAGAAUGAGCAACCAAACCAUGUUUGCAGAAGAUCUCAAGCAUUGGUAGGCAGUUUUAUGAAUAGUUGAUAGGAGAUUACUCUUGUUUUACUAUUCUCUUCGAGUUCGAGCAGCUGUAUGUGCAAAUGAUGAGAAUAUUUAUAAUCACAACAGUUUCUUUCCUGAUA